AUGCUCGUCUCCUUUAAAUCGUGUAACGACCAAACGAGCCUGCAGGCAGAGAUCUUCGCCGACCAUCCAUUCUUUGUCAGGGGAACAGACAGGCCAAGCUGGGCUUCGUUCAAUCCUGCUGCCACUGAAUUGCGUUAUGGGAUAAGCUGUCAUAUGUUACAAAGGGGUGACGUUUGUGUGUUGCCAUGUGACUCAGAUGUUCUUGGACGUUUUAACGGAACACAACGUGAAGGCGACCAAAAAUCGUCUGAAUUCACUGCUAUGGAUUCAACAGCGGCACUUACACUUAGCAGCAUGGCUAAGGAUAAAGAGGAACACAGCCACCGCCGAACCAAGCUUCUGUCAGAGUCUCAUUGUCCUUCAAGCCCAGUGAAAAGAAACAACACAAAUCAGUUUACCAAGAGGCCAAUGAACGCAUUCAUGUUGUUUGCUAAACGCUUUCGAGUGGAAAUAACCCAGGCCCACCCUGGUAAAGAUAACAGAGCAAUCAGCGUAAUUCUAGGAGACAAGUGGAAAGCCAUGAAACAGGAAGACAGAAGAGAGUAUGUUAUUCAAGCCAAGCUCUUGGCGGAUGAGCACAAGAGAAUCAAUCCAGACUGUUGGAAGAGAAAGAGGAACUCUGAGGUCAGUUAA